UGCGGCCUCGACCAAAUACUGAAACCCCUUUUCAGAAAGAGCGCCCGAAAACCGGCCCCAGACCGUCUCAAAGCGAGAUAGCAGAUGCCGUCGAUUUCAUCAGUCAAAUUGAGAAAGCCACUCCUAUUGAGUUUGAAGCCACUGCACUGUCAGUCGGAAGUCCAAACAUACCCAGGGAGAAGCCUAGACGCUCCAAGCACAUGAACACCUUUCUAAAUAUUUCUUCCCUAGGGACUUCACUCUCGAGAUGAUAGUUCGGCACCCAGUUCUCUUCCCAGAGAAAUUGGACCAAACUGCUAAAACACCUGCCACGAUUGGCUCUCUAAACUUUGAAACGAUUCAGCAGCAAUUCAAAAUUUGCAUGAAUUAUGUUAUCAAGAGAGAACGGGCUGCAUCGACACUUGUUUCACAGACCAUGGAUACAGCAGAGAAACUACGACAGCGAGAGGCCGAACGUUGCGAAUUUGCAAUACGUGAAAGUUUUGCAUACCUUUCGAAAUGUGCUUCGCUGCUACUUGAUCCCAUGUACAAUUCCGAUUCAAAUUUUCGAGGAGAUAUAUCAUUUGACCAGACAGUGCUUUGCAUUUGUGCUAUCACUGCACAUGCACUCAACAGGCUCAACAACUUUGGGGAUAUGUCACAUUCCUUGGCUCUUCUCUGCUUCCCAUUCGAAAGUCUGGGCAGACUUCAAUUUCUGUUUGAAGAUCAGCCGCCUAAGCACUUUGCUGAGAAUUCAAUUGCCCUAUUUGAUACUUUGUCACCUAUUAUUUGGGAGCAAGGUCGAUGCUUGCUUUUGUACCCUGUCAGCGUCGUCAUUUCAGCAAUCUACCAUAAAUUGAGCCUUGAAUACGCUGGGCCGGCAGAAACUUUACGCAACAUCUGCCUACAGAAGCUUUGGUCCAGACUUGGCUCGCCGUGCAAGGAGCCCGAGUUUAAGAUUUAAUGGUAUGUGGGUGUUGGAACGUUGUUUAUAUGGGAGACUGGGUUGGUGGGAAAGCUGAAUAUGCAUUGGUUGAGCGUUGUCUUCGGUUCCGACACCCUUUCUUUUGUCUGAGUCUCUCCGCGAUGGGAGACAAGCGAGUAGAAGCCAAUAGGAUGGUUAAUUACCACGAUACGGUCUGGAGCUUGUUCCUUUAUAUUUACGAAUUAUGAGUGCGGGGUACUUUGCUGUUAAAUCAUAUUAUCAUACUAUGUGAUGGUUUUAUUUUAUCUGAGGAUUCAGCUAUUCCCUCAUCACAAUCUCAAGUUAUUUGCUCGGCCCUUUAUAUUUUACAGGUUUCUCACUAGUGUAGAUUGUGGCUCUAUCGCUCAUCAAAGCAUCAAGUUAUGAGGAA